AUUACCUCAGGACAGGCGGUCGCUGUCUCGGGUUCUCGUACGGGUGACACCUGCAACCUUGAUGUCUGGCGGGCGGCGAGGGGCUCCGCGGGAGAGUGGAGAGGCGCCGCAGGAAGCCCAGCCACCUUCAGGCCACCGCCGACCCCACUGUGCGUCUGGGAGGCGCUGGGCGCGCACCGGUCAGCGGAGGCGGGAGAGUCUGGGAUCCCAGGGAGCUGCGGGUCUCGCCGCCUGCAGUGCGGAAGACCCGUGACCGGCGCAGACCCCGGGCUUACCUUCCGAGGGUCGAACUGUGCCUGGUAUUUGCCUCUUUCCUCCCGCCCACGGGGUUGCUCAGAGUCGGGCCACCUCACCUGAGGUUUUCCAGAGUGAAAUGAACUGAGCGUCCUGGGAGCAACUCCGCAUCAGGGUAGAGGCGAAGACGCUCCUAAUGAGCACAACACGUUUUUUUUUGUUUGUUUGCUUGUUUUGUUUUUUUAACGCUUGGGUAGCGCUCACAUCUUCGGACGUCAGUGGUUGUGUUGAUAUGUAUUGAUAUGCGACCUCCCCCCAGCCAGGCGGCCUCAGGAGUCCUUAAAGACAACUGGGAUUAAAAGAAGGGGUUUGAGAUAGUGAAUUCCUAAGAAGAAAAUAAUGGAUUGCAUAUUAGUUGUUCUCUAAGUGGACUCAACAGUGUGCAAGCUUGUUGGAAAAGCCAAAAGAAGAUGGCAACUCCUUAUGUCCCAGUUCCUAUGCCCAUAGGAAACUCUGCUUCCAGUUUUACAACAAACAGAAAUCAAAGAAGUUCUUCUUUUGGCAGUGUCUCAACAAGCUCAAACUCUUCUAAGGGCCAGUUAGAAGACUCAAAUAUGGGUGCAGCUUCUUCCAUUGAGUAUUCUACUAGACCAAGAGACACUGAAGAACAAAAUCCGGAAACAGUGAAUUGGGAAGAUAGACCAUCUACACCUACUAUACUGGGUUAUGAAGUGAUGGAAGAAAGAGCUAAAUUUACUGUAUAUAAAAUACUAGUAAAGAAAACCCCAGAAGAAAGCUGGGUAGUUUUCAGAAGAUACACUGAUUUCUCUAGGCUUAAUGACAAAUUAAAAGAGAUGUUUCCAGGUUUUCGACUAGCACUUCCUCCAAAACGCUGGUUUAAAGAUAAUUACAAUGCUGACUUUUUAGAAGACAGACAAUUAGGAUUACAAGCGUUUCUUCAAAAUUUAGUAGCUCACAAGGACAUUGCUAACUGCCUUGCAGUGAGAGAAUUUCUUUGUUUGGAUGAUCCACCGGGUCCAUUUGAUAGCCUAGAAGAAAGCAGGGCAUUCUGUGAAACUUUAGAAGAGACAAACUACCGCUUACAGAAAGAACUACUUGAAAAACAAAAGGAGAUGGAAUCACUAAAGAAACUGCUCAGUGAGAAGCAACUUCAUAUAGACACUUUAGAGAACAGAAUCAGAACGUUGUCUUUAGAACCUGAAGAAUCACUGGAUGUGUCAGAAACAGAAGGUGAACAGAUCCUAAAGGUGGAGUCCUCUGCACUUGAGGUUGAUCAAGAUGUCCUGGAUGAAGAAUCUAGAGCUGAUAAUAAACCAUGCUUAAGUUUUAGUGAACCUGAAAAUGCUGUAUCAGAGAUAGAAGUAGCAGAAGUGGCAUAUGAUGCUGAAGAAGACUAAUGUAUCACAAGCAGUUCCCUCCAUUUAGACUAUUCAACAAAUUUAGAAGUGUGGCAAAUACUAUUUUAAAAGAAGAACCAAGAACUGUAAAACAUAUAGAAAAGAGCAAGAAUGCACAUGUAUAAAGUUUACAUAAAGAAGUUUUUUUAAGUUAUUGAGAUAGGUAAUAUAUUCACUGCUGCUUUUAAUUGUAUUUUAUCCAAUUACAUUUAAUAGACUAAAAAAAAUCUUGUUGGAAUUCUGUUAUCAAGGCCCACAUUCUUAAAUACUGUGCAUAAAUUAUUAUGGUGUUUUGCCUAUAUAUUGCUCCAAACUACUGUGUAUAUAUGUAUGUGUGUUAAAUCACCAAUUAUAUUAAUCAAAUGGAAAUUAAUUGCAUGUUACUAUCUGGGUGAUAUAUUCUUCUUUAUAUCUCUGACAUGACAUAUUUUCAUUAAUAGUUUAAAUCAGUGACCAUCAUAAUAAAGAUAAAAUUUAGUUGAGUUUUUAAUGUUUACAUGUUUACAUCUCUAAAUAAAAUUUGCUUAUUUGAAAUGUUAAUGCUCUUUAGAAAAAAAAAUGACUUUCUAGUACCAAAGGAAAACUACUUGAAAGAGCUGUAAUCAUAUAGCUAAAGUGAUAAGAUAGCCUUGAUUUUAAAAGCUGAUUCAUUAAUAUCAAAAUACUUUAAUAAGUGUCACAGUUAUUAAUAUGUUACAUUUGUUUAGUUUCCACGUAAUCUUUAUCUCUACCUAGAUUUAGUGAGUUUGCCUCUUUCAGAAUACUACCUCCUUUUGUUAAGGCAUAUUCUUUCGAAAAUAUAGAUUCUAAAUAAAUAGGGGCUUAUACAAAAAAGAAAAUAAAAAGCCAUAUAUAUUGCAAAGUUCCUAACUGGCUUGACUCCUGACAUUGCAUUUUUAUUUCUAUUUGUGUGAAGAUGUUGUUAUACUGUAUUAUGGCUGAUUUUCUUUUUAAUAUAUUUAGCCAAAUGAUGCACUUUAUGAUAAUUAAACUCUUUUGUGCCAAGUUUAAUUGGUGGAUUUCUUUAGUAAGUAGAGUUAGGAGAAAGAAUUAUGUAGUGCCUUUACUAUUUCACUUUCUACAAAAGUCUCCUAGGGUCUUUGAGUCAGCUUUAUGAAAAAAUGUUUGUUUAUUUCAGCUUUGUGUACAGUCAUUAAAAGUGCCUUGUUUCAUUUUUAUAGGAUGAAGUUAUUUAUUUUCUAUUUUCACUGUUUUGCAUAUUGCUGUUAAUAAGCAUUGUAAUCAUGCUGGCAUUUUGCAAUCCCAGUCGGUAUGCUUUCUAAAAACUGAGGGAAACUUACUGGGGAAAUAGAAUAACAAUCUCCAUUUUUUUCUUUACUAUCUAAAAGUUUAUCGGUAUCUUGAUGUAUAUAUUAAGGUGUGGCUGUUUAAAAUUCUAAUGACAUAUAUCAACACAUUCAAUGGCUGUUGUUAACCUUUGAAGUAAAAAGAUCACUUUUUACCAAAUAACCAAAAAUUUUUAGUCUUUGUCAAAGUGCACAGGUAUGUCCUCAGAACAUUUUUCACAAUGUGUAUCAGAAAUAUGUUUGCUAUCCUUAGAGACAGAAAUGAAUAUAACAAAUUGAUCUGCUUAUUUAUUAAAAUUAUUAUUCUAGACUUACAAAAGGCUUAAAAAGAACAAUCAUUUAAUCAGUACCAUUCUGUAUCUUAUAUAACAGAUCUCUGCCAAAUUCUAGAUAUUAUAGUGUUGCCUGUCUGUUCUAAAGUGAACCACCCACGUUUUCAAUCUGGCUUUUUGGAAGAUUGUAUUUAAAGUUCUUCAAGGAUGAAGAAAAAAAUCUGUUAAUUAGGUAAACCACUAUUAUUUAUAUUUAUAAUUUACUUUUUUUUUACUUUUAUAAUGCAUUUUACUCCCAGUAUUAUGUUCAUUUAAUAAAUUAUUUUUUCACUACAACA